UGAACAGCAACAGAAUGCGAAAAGUGGGAGCAACAGCCAAUCCCAUAAUACAGAUUGAACUGCGAACCGCCAAACUACAUCGCUUUAAAACGAAAUUUGCUCUUCAGAAAAUAACUGUUUAAAAAAAGAAUGUAAGUAUCUUAUAACGCCUCUUCACAUCCUUUUCGCUCCCAGCCUGUGCUUUGGCUACAGGUUGCGAUUCGCAGCAAUCAGAUCAAGAGUUCCAAAAUAAGUGCAGAUCCGCUACGCCGCGGCCAGAGGGCGCUAUUUCUUACGGGCGACAGCGCUGCCCUGUGACGUGCAGCGCGAGGACCGCACGCUGUUGCCGUCCGCCCUCCACGGGUGAUGUCUGAAGGCAGCGGCGAGGUGCGGUGAGCUGUAGAGACGAGUCUGAUCCGCACUACAGGCUGUCUAAAAUGCAGAAGAAACGAAGACCCGAGCCGAUCCGUUUCAGUCAAGUUCCCGAUGGAAACGCAGUGAACGGGACCGGCGCUGCUGAAACGAAUUUGGAGGCCCUGCAGAAGAAGCUCGAGGAGCUGGAGCUGGAUGAACAACAGCGGAAGCGCCUGGAAGCCUUCCUCACACAGAAGCAGAAAGUGGGCGAGCUCAAGGAUGACGACUUUGAGAAGAUCUGCGAGCUGGGCGCCGGCAACGGUGGCGUGGUCUUCAAGGUCUUACACAGACCCUCUGGACUCAUAAUGGCCAGGAAGCUGAUCCACCUGGAGAUCAAGCCAGCCAUCAGGAACCAGAUCAUCCGUGAGCUGCAGGUGCUGCAUGAGUGCAACUCGCCUUACAUCGUGGGCUUCUAUGGUGCCUUCUACAGCGAUGGGGAAAUCAGCAUCUGCAUGGAGCACAUGGAUGGAGGGUCCUUGGACCAGUCACUGAAGAAGGCAGGCAAAAUCCCUGAGCAAAUACUGGGCAAAGUCAGCAUUGCGGUGAUCAAAGGGCUGUCCUACCUUAGAGAGAAACACAAGAUCAUGCAUCGAGACGUCAAGCCAUCAAACAUCUUGGUCAACUCUCGCGGGGAAAUCAAGCUGUGUGACUUUGGAGUGAGCGGUCAGCUCAUCGACUCCAUGGCUAACUCCUUUGUGGGCACACGCUCCUACAUGUCUCCGGAGCGUCUGCAGGGCACACACUACUCGGUGCAAUCGGACAUCUGGAGCAUGGGCCUGUCUCUGGUGGAGAUGGCAAUCGGUCGUUUCCCCAUUCCACCCCCUGACGCCAAGGAGCUGGAGCAAAUUUUCAAUGAUCCAAUAGUGGGCGACACAUCAUCCUGCGAGCUAUCUCCCAAACCCCGGCCGCCAGGCAGACCAGCCAGCUCUUAUGGGCAUGACAGCAGACCUCCUAUGGCCAUUUUUGAACUACUUGACUAUAUUGUCAAUGAGCCACCUCCUCAACUGCCUAGCUUCUUUAGUUCUGAAUUUCAAGACUUUGUUAAUAAAUGUUUGAUUAAGAACCCAGCAGAAAGGGCUGAUUUGAAACAGGUGAUGGUCCAUCCCUUCAUCAAGAAGUCCGAAGCAGAGGAAGCAGACUUUGCAGGCUGGCUGUGCAGUACAAUUGGGCUAAACCACCCCAGCACUCCUACACAUAGUGUUGGAGAAUAAACCUGUACUUUUCUUCCCUCCCCAACCUUCCUGUGCAGCAGAAGGAAUGUAUUUAAGCACUUGAGAACACAAGAUAGAAGAAAAUUGUGUCUGUACAACUGUGCCAUAGGUGUACCCUACACAUGCUGCCAUCAAAUAAA